AGAAGGGCUAACACAGCACCCAUGUCUGAAGUGACCAUGAUUAGCUGGUUUCUAGCUGGUGACUAGCUGGCCCUGAUUGGUCCACUUACUACCUUAAAGUUCUCCCAGGUCCUAGCUACCAUCACAUCCUUCCUGCCUUCCCUGCCAGCCAUAUUUGUGCACUGCAACCAGAGUAAUCCUUCAAAAUGCAAAGCUGAUAUUGUUCACUCUCCACCCCACCCCCAAUUUUUUUUUUUUCUUUUGGAGAUAGAGUUUCACUCUUGUUGCCCAGGCUGGAGUGCAAUGGCGCAAUCUCGGCUCACAGCAACCUCCACCUCCCGGUUUCAAGCAAUUCUCCUGUCUCAGCCUCCCAGGUAGCUGGGAUUACAGGCAUGCACCACCACACCCGGCUAAUUUUGUAUUUUUAGUAGAGACGGGGUUUCUCCAUGUUGGUCAGGCUGGUCUCGAACUCCCGACCUCAGGUGAUCUGCCCGCCUUGGCCUCCCAAGGUGCUGAGAUUACAGGCGUGAGCCGCCACGCCCAGCCAGCCCCCAUUUAAUAUUAAUUCUUUGUGGUUUUCUAUUGCUCCCAUCUCUCCAGCGUAACCAUACAUAUUCAUCCUUCUCUCCCCUUCAGUUAUAUAACCUUUAAGGUCUUCAAAAUUUCCAAGUACCCUUCCACUAUAGAACCUUUGCAUACAGUAGUCACAUCUGCCUGGAAUGCUCAUUCCACACCACCCCCUACCCCAUAAGUUAAUUUGUACUUAUCCUUUAGAUUUCUCUCAGUCACUUCUUCAGGAAUGUCUUCCUGUAGACUGUUCAGACCAAGUCAGAUCCCUCAAUUACAGCAACCUCAUGGCCCUCUCCUUUGUAGUGUUAUUUAGUUGCAAUUUUUAAUGUGUUUGUUAAGCACCUACUACUUGCCAGCACUAUGAGAUACAACUGUAAGAAAAAAUAUAGUUUCUGCCCUGGUGGUGUUUAUGGACAUACAGAUAGUAAGCAGAUAAUUAUAGUGUUAUGAGUGCUACCAUGGCAAUCAUAGCACUACAAUUACGGAUUUGAGGAUAAAGGUAGACUUCUCAGAAAAGUUGAAACCUGAUCUGAGCCCUGAAAUAAGAAUUAGCAAAGCAAAAGGAGGAGAGAAAAACUAUAUUCCAAGCAGACAGAGCUGGAAGGAGACACUCUUCCACUUAGCGGCCCAGCGGCAGCUGCAGGGAACUUACGGGUCUACAGGGUCUUGCUCUGUCGCCCAGGCUGGAGUGCAGCGGCACAAUUAUAGCUCACUGCAACCUCCAACUCCUAGGCUCAAGCAAUCCAACUGCCUCAGCCUGCCGAGUAAUAAAUUCCAUUUUAAGGUUGUUUGCCAAUUUCAUUGUCUCUGCAAACUAAUUUAUCCUUUGAAUCCAAUGAUGAGAACUGCAAUCCCAAGGUUUCUCUUUUUGCUUUGGCUGCCAGGAAUUUCAGAGCUAAAUGUAGGCUUAGAUUCUUAAAGUGCCUGGCACAUCUCUCUCUUCCUGUAAUCUAGUUUCUGAUCUUUCUCUUCCAUUUUUAACUUUCCAAUCUGCACUGUCCAGUAUGGUAGCCACUAGUCACGUACAUUUGACAGGUAGGCUAGUCCAAAUUGGGAUGUGCUGUAAGUGUAAAAUAGCUCAGUAAGUUUUAAUAUUUAUUACAUAUUGAAUGAUUUUUUUGAUAUAUUGGGUAAAAUAAAGUUAUUAAAAUUAAUUUCACCACUUCAUUUUACUUAUUUUGGCUACUAGAAAAUUUUAAAUUAUAUAUAUGGCUUGCAUUUGUGACAUUAUAUUUCUAGUGGACAGCACUAUUCUGCAAAUCAUCUGUUUUAUGACUGUGUUAUUAUUGUAAACCUGAAAUCCUUUUGGAAAGCAGGCGAAGUAAUACAAAUAAUAAUACAAAGUUGGCAGCAGUGGAUGGAAUGAGAAAGGGGAGGUCGACUGGGACAAGUUCUUGUCCUUAUCCUUGUCAAUUUUGUCUUUUGCUUGUGUGAUUCACAUACAAACCCCUUGGUAAAGUGUGUUGUCAGCUCUCUUUAUCCCAGGUGAGUAGUAUUCUCAUGGCUCUCCCUUGUCUCCAGAAAAACCUCAGCUUUACUUUAGCUAACAAAUUGGAAACGAUCUGAUAAGACAAUUCACACCACAUUGCAAGUGACUGAUAACAACAUUGUGUUCAUCCCUGUCAGGGAGUAUUUCCAUUUUAACCGGAAACAAUCCCUGAACCCACAGGAAUGAAUCCCUAAUGGUGGAGUUUCAGCCAUCAGUGACAGGCUGAACCCGGACUCCCAGGGCACCUGCUUGCACCUGAUGAAUGAUGGCCUGAACUAUGAACAAACGGGACUAUAUGAACACUUCGGUACAGGAGCCCCCUCUUGACUACUCCUUCAGAAGCAUCCACGUCAUUCAAGAUCUGGUAAAUGAGGAGCCAAGGACAGGACUACGAUCACUGAAGCGUUCAAAGUCGGGGAAAUCACUGACCCAGUCCCUGUGGCUGAAUAACAAUGUUCUCAAUGAUCUGAGAGACUUCAACCAGGUGGCUUCACAGCUGUUGGAGCACCCAGAGAACUUGGCCUGGAUUGACCUGUCCUUUAAUGACCUGACUUCCAUUGACCCUGUCCUAACAACUUUCUUCAACCUGAGUGUCCUCUAUCUUCACGGCAACAGCAUCCAGCACCUGGGGGAGGUGAAUAAGCUGGCUGUCCUUCCUCGGCUCCGGAGCCUGACACUCCAUGGGAACCCCAUAGAGGAAGAGAAAGGGUAUAGGCAAUAUGUGCUGUGCACCCUGUCCCGUAUCACCACGUUCGACUUCAGCGGGGUCACCAAAGCAGACCGCACCACAGCUGAAGUCUGGAAACGCAUGAACAUCAAGCCCAAGAAGGCCCGGAUCAAGCAGAAUACACUUUGAGGCUCCCACGACCCUAGUAGUCCUAAAGGCCUAAGCAUAGACAGCAUGGUUUGACAAUAAAUGAUUUGAGCUGUUGAGCAGAUGACAAGUCACUUACACCUUGUAGAGAUGUUCUCUAACUCAGGCAACUGCAAGUAGCUCUAGCCUUUUUUUUCUUUUCUUUUUUUUUUUGAGACGGAGUCUCACUCUGUCGCACAGGCUGGAGUGCAGUGGCACGAUCUUGGCUCACUGCAACCUCUGCCUCCCAGGUUCAAGAGAUUCUCCUGCCUCAGCCUCCCCAGUAGCUGUGAUUAAAGGCACCUGCCACCAUGACUGGCUAAUUUUGUUGUUGUUGUUUUGAGACAGUUUCACUCUUGUCAACCAAGCUGGAGUGCAGUGGUGCGAUCUCAGCUCACUGCAACCUCCGCCUGCCGGGUUCAAGCGAUUCUCCUGCCUCAGCCUCCUAAGUAGCUGGGAUUACAGGCGCCUGCUACCACAUCCAGCUAAUUUUUUUUUUUUUUUUUUUUUUGAGACGGAGUCUCGCUCUGUCACCCAGGCUGGAGUGCAGUGGCGCGAUCUCGGCUCACUGCAAACUCCGCCUCCCAGGUUCACGCCACUCUCCUGCCUCAGCCUCCCGAGUAGCUGGGACUAUAGGCGCCCACCACCACGCCAGGCUAAUUUUUUGUAUUUUUAGUAGAGACGGGGUUUCACCGUGUUAGCCAGGAUGGUCUCCAUCUCCUGACCUUGUGAUCCGCCCACCUCGGCCUCCUCCAGCUAAUUUUUUAUAUUUUAGUAGAGACAAGGUUUCGCCAUGUUGGCCAGGCUGGUCUCGAACUCCUGACCUCAGGUGAUCCAUCCGCUUUGGCCUCCCAAAGUGCUGGGAUUACAAGCGUGAGCCACCACGCCCAGCCUUUUUUUGUAUUUUUAGUAGAGAUGGGGUUUCGCCAUGUUGGCCAGGCCGGUCUCAAACUCCUGACCUCAGGUGAUCUGCCCACCUCAGCCUCCCAAAGUGCUAGGAUUACAGGCAUAAGCCACUGCACCUGGCCAGCUCUAGUCUUAUUUUGCUGAAAAAGGGAGGCAAUUGAGGGAAAGGCCUGCUGGCCUGGGACACUGGAGACGUGGGUUUACCACACAGCCUUGGGAAAUUUAUCUAACUCUCUGGGCCCCUUUGUACUUUUCAGCUUAGAGAUUUGGGAGUUAAAGUAGAUCAGUAAUUUCCAAACUCCACAGAGUACCAGGGUCUGUAGAGAUGCCUCACAGGCCUCCAUGACAGGCCAAGAAGAUGGCCUAUGAUCUCUGAAACCAGCCCCCACUUCAAUCAGAUCAAAGUAAUUCCAUUCUGUUUUAUAUGCUGGGAUUCUGCUUAAGAUUUCAUUUGAUAAAAAGAAUCUUCUGCUUAAAAA